AUGUCAAACGGAAAAGGGAAAAUCAUUGAGGAAGAAGAAGAAGAUAUGUCUGAAGGUGCACAACUCAAAAGGAAGAAACACGAUAAAUACCUUGAUGAGAUCAUGCAAGUCAAUCAAGCGGCUAAAGCUCGUGAAAGAGUAGCUCAUGAUGAGUGUUUUGAAAAGGUUGAGAAAGCGCCAAUUUUAGAUUAUGAUGUCAAUCACAUGAUUUUCUCCUUUUAUCUCAAGUAUGAUUUGCCUUGCUUAAAUCCGUAUGAUUGGGUUUCAUUGUUCUCUCUUUUAUCCAAGGAUGAACAAAAAUAUGAACCAAUUUUGGCUCAUCUAAAGAGGAUGUUAGUCUGCUACAUAAAUGAUUUUGGACAAAUGGAUGUAGAGAUACCAAUAGUUUUUAGGAAAAAGCCAAUUCUGAAGUUCGAAACUGAACUAAAAGAUCUUGACAAGAUGAAGCUGGAAAGAAUAACAAAUGAUAAUUGGAGUGUGGCAUUUCAACAAAAGGAAUGA